AUGGAGCUGUGCCCCUCUCCUUUAGGCCUGGAAAAAGAAUAUGCAACUCUUUUUACCACUGACUCCCUCCACUUCCUGCAUGAACUGAUUUCCACAUUUGAUGAGGAGGUGGACGAGAUUCUACAGCUGAGAGUGUCUAAAAAGGCCCAGCUGGAUCUCACAGGUGAUCUGCCAAGCUUCCUGGAAAGUACCAGACAUAUCAGGAGAGACCCAGACUGGAAGGUCCUUCCCGUCCCCUCAAGGCUCCAAAAGAGACAUGUAGAUAUUGGAGACUUGGCACCCUGCGAUACUGAGCACUUCAUUCAAGCUCUUCUGUCACCAGCACAAGGCAUACAGGUUGACUUUGAUGAUGGAAACUGCCCGACUUAUUACAACCAGAUCAAAGGCAUUUACAACGUUUUUAAAGCAGUGCAUAACCUGUUCCCCAAUGUUCCACAUAUAUCUCAGGCUCCCGUGCUGAUGCUGCGUCCCCGUGCGUGGAAUAUGGUGGAGCACAACAUGAUGGUGGAGGGGAAAGAAGCUCCUGGCCCUCUCUUUGACUUUGGGCUCCUCAUGUUUCACUGUGGAAAGGCACUGUUUAAACAGAACAGUGGACCCUUUUUCUACCUGUCAAAAGUGGAGGGCUAUAUGGAGGCCAGACUUUGGAACAAAAUAUUUGUUUGGACACAGCAGAAGCUGGGUCUUCCGCUGGGCAGCAUCAAGGCCACAGUGCUGAUUGAAAAUGUGUUAGCAGCCUUUGAGAUGGAGGAGAUUCUCUAUGAGCUGCAAGAGCAUUCAGCAGGACUCAACUGUGGUAUCUGGGAUUACUCAGCCUCCUUUGUCAAUAAGUUUGGUCAUCGACCAGCCUUCCUGUUGCCUGACCGCCAUAAAUACGUGAACAUGGAGAAGCAUUUUCUGCGCAGCUACAUGGAUCUGUUGGUUGAGACAUGUCAUCGGCGAGGAGCAUUGGCCACUGGAGGCAUGGCUGCCCUGCUGCUGCCUGAAGACCCACUCAGUGACGCCUAUAGGAGAGUGUUGGCUUCUGUCACAAGGUUGAAGUUAUUAGAGAUUACUGCAGGUGUGGAUGGUUUCAUGGUAUAUGACCUAAAUUUGGUUGAGCCCAUGCAGAAACUCUUCAAGGUCCACACUGAAGGAGAUAACCAGCUUGACCAGCUUCGAAAUGACGUGACUGUAUUUCCUGAAGACUUGCUAUCCAUGCCUUCAGGAGGAGUCACGCUUAAUGGUUUGAGGUAUAACAUUGCAGUUGGUGUGCUCUUUAUUAAUGCUUGGCUAUCAGGUAAAGGCCACUUCUUCUACAAAGGCCAGGUUGAAGAUUCUGCCACAGCAGAAAUUUCUAGAUCGCAGGUGUGGCAGUGGGUCCGUCAUCAGACCCGGCUGGAGGACGAUGGCAGGGUGGUGAGCAGGCAGCUGGUGACUGACCUCAUCAAGGAGCUCAUCAUGGACCUCAGUCCCCACUGUGGCUCUGUUAGAGCACAACAGAGGUUACACACAGCAGCAAAAAUGUUCCAGGAGGUGAUCGCAAAGAGACAUUUUCCAGACUUCAUCACUACCUACCUGAACCAGGACCACACCUUCCUCAGCUCCCAGAACACUGAACCCAUGCAAGCUCUGGACAAAGACCUGAGGCGAUCGAAACUGUGA